AUGGCACCACCACCAAGCACAGCAAUAGUUCUCAUAGACCCAUACAACGAUUUCCUCCAUCCCUCCGGGAAACUCACAGCCGCCCUCGCGGACUCACUUGCGAGCAAUGAUGCCAUCAAGCAUUUGCAGACACUUGUGAAAUACGCUCACGCGAAUCAGAUUCCCAUCUUCUAUGGGCUGCAUCAACAGGUCAAACCUGGGUUCUUGGCUGGCUGGGCACAUCCAACAGCAAACCAGCUAGCGCAGAAGACGAAUGUUGCGUUUGAGGAGGGGGCUUGGGGAGCUAAGAUUUAUGAGGGGUUGGAACCUGAUGUUGUUGGGAAUGGGGAUGUGGUUGUUAGUAAACACUGGUGUUCAAGUUCCUUCCAAAACACCGACCUCCACUACCAGCUCGGCCAGCGAGAAAUCAAGAAUCUCGUCUUCGCGGGGUUGACUGCGAAUACCUGUAUGGAAAGUACGGCUAGAUAUGCAUAUGAGCUGGGAUAUAAUAUUACGAUGUUGAAAGAUGCUACGGCAGGUUGGACUGUUGAGGCCACUACUGCGGCUACGGAUUUGAUUUGGCCACUAUUUGCGAACCAGGUUUUGACUGUUGAUGGAUGGAUUGAGAGUUUGAAGGGGAAUUGA